AUGGCUUCGAGAUUGGGAUCGCAGAAAAAGAUUCUACUGCUGGUUGAUAAUUGCCCGGCGCAUCCUAAUGUUACAGAUUUGAAAUCUAUAACACUUGCUUUCCUACCACCCAACACAACAUCAGUCUUGCAGCCAAUGGAUCAAGGAAUAAUAAGGUCUCUUAAAUGCAAUUUCAGAAAAAAUCUUGUGCUUAAAAUGAUUAAUGGCCUUGAUUGUAAUCAAAACAGUCCUAUGAAAAUAACAAUUCUUGAUGCAAUUGUUAUGAUUAAUGAUGCCUGGAAUAAGAUCUCACAAAGUACGAUUUACAACUGUUUCAAACAUGCAGGACUCAUUGAAACCUAUGACGAUUUACCAGUCCGAGAAAUAGAAGAAAACGAAUUUGAUGAUGAAGAUGAUUUACCCUUAUCUUUGUGGGUACGAAAUCUAAAUUCAGAUUUGUUACCAGCACCGGAAGUAUGA